AUGGCCAUGAACGAACUGCACAAGAUCCAAACGGCGAAAUUCCAGAAGGAGCAGAUCGAGCGCGACCUCAAGAAUCUCCAGGAUACCUCCGGUCCUUCGGGACAUCAGAAACUGCAGGUCUGCGACGUGUGCGGCGCCUACCUCUCCCGACUUGACAAUGACCGACGGCUGGCGGAUCACUUCUUCGGGAAGAUGCACAUGGGCUAUUCGGAUAUGCGCAAGACAUACAAGAAGCUGAGUGCCGAGCUGAAGGGCCGGGCUCCGCCUGUGCGGCAGCACCAUGAGGAGGAUGAUAACCCGUACACUAAUGGUGGUCGGGCUGGUGGCCGGGGUCCACGGUAUGGUGGUGGCGGCGGCGGUGGUUAUAGGAGGCGCGGAGGCAGAUGGUGA